AUGGCGACUCUGAAAUCUCACUUCGCCCCGAGCAAGAUCAUCUUCUAUGUCCUGUGGUGGGGACUCCAUUGGGGCCUGUUUGCGUUUGGCUGGUACAAACAAGCAUCGGAUCCUAGACUAGCAGGCCUCAACACCCUCACCUUCUCAGUAUGGCUCUCUCGAGGUGCCGGUCUAGUCCUUUCAUUCGAUUGCUUGUUCAUCCUUCUGCCCAUGUGCCGCAACAUUAUGCGUUUUAUCCGACCAAAAUUCAAGUUCCUCCCUCUUGACGAAACGAUAUGGUUUCAUAGGCAGUGUGCCUAUGCACUGCUGGUCUUCACCAUUGUGCACACCAGUGCCCACUACGUCAACUUUUUCAACGUCGAAAGGACUCAAAUUCGACCCGUGUCGGCCAUCCAAAUCCACUACACCGAGCCUGGCGGCAUCACGGGCCACAUCAUGCUCCUGUGCAUGCUCCUCAUGUACACCACUGCACACUACAGGAUCCGGCAGCAAUCUUUCGAAACCUUUUGGUACACACAUCACCUCUUCAUCCCCUUUUUCCUAGGCCUGUAUACCCAUGCGACGGGGUGCUUUGUCCGAGACACGGCUCUCCCAUUCUCUCCCUUUGCAGGCAAGAAUUUCUGGACUCACUGCAUCGGCUACCAAGGAUGGCGAUGGGAACUCUGGGGAGGUGGUCUCUACCUCGGCGAGCGUCUCUACAGAGAGAUCCGAGCAAGGCGAGACACCAAGAUCUACAAGGUCAUUCGCCAUCCCUACGAUGCAAUGGAGAUUCAGUUCCAGAAGCCAAGCAUGAAAUACAAGGCUGGCCAGUGGCUCUUUAUCAAUAUCCCAGCUGUGUCAAGCCAACAGUGGCAUCCUUUCACCAUCACAUCGUGCCCGUUUGACCCAUACAUCUCCAUCCACGUCCGCCAAGUUGGUGACUGGACCAAAGCAGUGGGUGAUGCACUGGGUUGUGGACCCGCGCAGGCGAAGCAAUUUGAGGUGGAGGGCAACAAUGGAAUUUACGAAAUCGCACUGUCAGCUGGCCAGGAGAUGCCUGCCAUCCGAAUCGAUGGACCAUACGGCGCUCCCGCCGAGGACGUAUUCGACAACGAAAUUGCUGUUCUCAUCGGUACAGGUAUCGGAGUUACCCCGUGGGCCUCAGUGCUCAAGCACAUCUACAACAUUCGCGCAGGCCCUAACCCACCCCGACGUCUUAAACGAGUCGAGUUCCUAUGGGUUACCCGGAGCAUUGAGUCUUUCGAAUGGUUCCAGACCCUUCUCUCAUCUCUCGAACAGCAAUCUGCCCAAGCAGCCCAAUCCGUGGGUGGACCUGAGUUCCUUCGCAUCCACACAUAUCUCACACAGAAGGUCGAUCAAAACACUGCGGCCAACAUUUACCUCAACACGGUGGGCAAUGAGGUCGAUCCGCUCACUGAACUCCGCACCAAGACACAGUACGGCCGCCCAGACUUCAAACGUCUGUUUGGCGCAAUGCGAGAUGGCCUCAUGGACCAGACGUACUUGGAUGUCAAAGAAGCAAGCAUCACGGCACAAAUGAAGGCUACGGUCGGUGUGUACUUUUGCGGUCCUAGCGUGGCAGCCCGUGAAAUCAAGGACGCUUGCAAAUACACCAGCAAUGACCUGGUCAAGUUCAGGUUCUGGAAGGAACAUUUCUAG